GAGAGAGAGAGAGAGAGAGAGAGAGAGAGGUGGGAAGGUUAAAAAAUAUUGAUAGAGGGACGAAAGGAGAGGUUAAGAGAGAGGGCAGCAGAAGAGAGCGAGGUUAGCUGUGAGGGUUAGAGGGAGGGAGAGAGGUCUUAAGACAGAGAGAGGUUGUUCACCAUUCAGAUAAUUUUUCACACUGUCAGGAUGGGCACACAAAGGUCAGAUCUUGACUUGACAUGGGAGCCAUUGGGGGACGGGAUAGAGGACGAAGUGGAGGAUGAGGAGGGCAGGUGUGACGAAGAUGGGGUGUUUUCGUACGGGGGGUACGAGCUGUCGGUGGCCCAGGAGAAAGGAGAGACGAUGACCAGGAGCCCCGAGACAGACCUAGACACGGUCAUCAACCUGAAGACCGACAAGGCAGGGAAGCUGGUGUUGGAGACGCUGGAUGACCUCAACAACAUCAUGCUGCUGAGGAAGAGGAAGAGAGAGAGGAAGACUCCUGCCUCGAAGCCCAUCCCUGCCACUGCACCGCUGCAGCCCUACUAUGUGGACGAGGAUGACUUCUUCAAGGCCUGUGAGCAUAACCAGCUGCCUGUCAUCGAGAAGUUCCUCAAGGACGGAGGAGACGUUAAUUCCCAGGACAACUUCCAGAGGACCGGUCUCCACAAAGCGUGCUUUCGGGGUCACAUUGAGGUCGCCCGGAGACUGGUGGAGGCUAAAGCUGACGUCCACAUGAGGGACAAGCUGGGCUCGUCAUGUGUCCACGCUGCCUGUAGGGGGGGGUGCCUCUCCGUCCUGGAGCUCCUCCUGGAUAACGGAGCCGCUACCUCCGAUAAAGACAAGAUGGACAGUACACCUCUCCACGUGUCGGUGAGAAUUGGGCAUUACGACUUUGUUGAGCAUUUAAUUCGCUGUGGAGCCGAGAUAAACGCUGUAGACAAGGAAGGAGACAGUCCUCUUCAUGACGCUGUGAGGGUCAAUGGGGUUAAACUGAUAGAGCUGCUGGUUGCCUACGGAGCAGACCAGAGGCUCAUUAACCAGGAAGGACAAUGUCCACUGGACAGUGUCCUGGAGUGGCAGAGCGGAGCCAAGACUCUACUGGCAGAGCCGGGAGCUACGGGCUAAUCUGGCCAUGAUAGUUACUAGCUAAUCUAGCUACACCCCUUCAUAUAUAUAUAUAUAUAUAUAUAUAUAUAUAUAUAUAUAUAUAUAUAUAUAUAUAUAUAUAGGCUUUGAAUAAUAUGACAUGUUAUUACUUUACUUUGCAAAUCAAUUACAAUAUCUAUCAUUGUCUCGGGCAACUUACUUACACAAUGUAGUUAAAUAAGUAGCUUGUCCUGUCAAUAGUUAGUAUUUUAUUUGUAUACAAUGAUUGUGUGCAAUUGUUUCAAUACUGUAGUCUGUUGAAAGAAGGUUGAGUUUCAUGCAGUUGUAAUGUGUAGGCCUGCAUGUAAGUGUGACAUUACAUCAGAAUAAAGAGUUGGAUGAUGAGUAUUUCCAUUCUGUUUUGUAGCAGUAAGUGCUUAUGCAUGUAUUUAGCACUUUUAUUUUGAAGUGUUAUCAGUCUGAAAGAUAAAACAGGCUGUUGAUUGAUAUCAGUACAAAGCAUUAAUGUUUAUUCAGUAGACAAGUUCAGCCCAUAGUCAAUCAUUGAAUGCGGACCAACCAUAACAAAGUUAAGUUAUAGAUAAAUCGUUAAAGAAUAUUACGUUUAUUUCCCUAACACUGUUUGGGCUUGACCAUAAUGUUUAAAUCUCGCGAUACCGGAGUUGAUAUAUGAGUUUAGGUUGGUGUUUGAAGGACGCAGUGAGCGCGGUUUACGCGAGCCGGAGAUUACAAGUUUGCGUCAGUUAGGGCCAAUUUGUUCCUGUCCUACUUUCAAAGUUAAAGUUUCGCGAUUUUAAAAGUAAAUUAAUUUUUUUUUAACAUAGUUUCUAAUUAACCAUGUUUACAAACCUCUUGUUUAGUAAGUAUAAUCGAGGUAGAGGUUGAUAUGAGCAUAUAUUGAAACCAAUCAAUCGUUACAAUGUACAGCACUCAGCAGGCAUGCUUUACUUUGAAAGUUUUACAGGAAGUGGUGUUAUCACAGCAGGUGACUUGUAAACGUGAUAAACAACAGAAGGACGUUUGAAAGAAGAACAAACCCUGGAAUACAAUUCAAGUAAUACUAUUCAUAAUAUAGUAGUAUUUAACAAAAGGGUCUUCUUCAUCUAACAGACACAGAUUAUUAUUAUUUAUUAUCUAGAGACGGGCCGGUUGUGUUGAAUCGCAGUCUUGGUCGCUUCCUUGUCCGGGAUCUCAAGAUUCGAAGCGGUGUACUGCGGAGCUCCGGAGCCAUGCUGCAUCCCGUACCCCAGAAGAGACGCUGCGAGGCGGCGGCAAACUGGACCAGCGGCCUGGCAAAGCGUGUGUGUGUUGGCCCGGCACUGAUUCCCCAGAGGAUCGACGUUGCCAUGGAAAUUUCCUGGACGCCCCCACCCGCCGCCCCACAACCUGAACAUCAACAAACACACCCCACCAGCAUGACGCAGCCUACGUCUCAAUGCUGCCCCCGCUGCCUGGCCGGGGAACCGGGACAUAUUAACCAUAUCCUGGGACUGACAGCCUGAACAGGAUCUUCAGCGGAGGAAGAGGAGGAAGAGGAGGAAGGAGGAACUGCCAUCUCGUCCUCCAGUGUGUGGAGUGAAAACUCCCAGCAAGCCAUAUGGUUAAUACCCAAACAAACAAAUCAUCAAAAUGUGCUUUAAAAGGGAUUGUUAUUAUGUAGAUCCGUACAAUAUACAUAACUAGAACCAUGCUAACCCUCAACUAGCUAGCAGAAGAGAUUGUGUAGAUGCUAACCCACAGCUAGUUUGCCUAAGUAUUGUAUAGCAUAAUAACUAGCUGGUAGACUUGUACUACUUAGCGUAGUACCAAGAUGGUAUCAUGUCACAUACCUGACACAAAUUGCAUACAAUCAAUAUUAUUUGAAUCAAUUUUAUUCCACCGGGCAUAAAAAAGUGUUUCUAGUUUUUGUAAUUGUAUACAUAAUUGUAAAUAAGUCUGUUACUGCAGACUUUAUUUCGGAUUUUCAAUUGAAGAAUUUAUUUUUCUAGAUUUAAUCUUGAUGAUCAAAUAUAUCCUUCCAUUUCGAUGCAGAAUCAUUAAACUGUCAAAACAUCCAGGUGUUAAACCAGUUUGCCGAUCCAGAUGUUGAACAGGUCCACUGUGUACAUAUUCAGACAUUGAACCAGUUCACUUCCAGAUGCUUAACCAGUUGGCUGAUCCAGGUAUUGAAUCAGUUCACUGUGUACGCACAUCCAGAUGUUGAACCAGAUUAAAGGGACUGAAGUCAUCCUCAGCGAUGUCCAGGGAUGUAAAACAUACGCUUCUGAACAACCAUACGACUGAACUCGUGUUUCUGUAACCAGUCAAGCCAAAGAACAUGCUUUGUAAUUAGUUUGACACAUGCUCCAAAGAAGGACCAUUCAAAGGGCAUUACCUUGUGGUUGUGUUGUCAAGAUCUUUAUAGUUUUCUACGUGUAGAAUUUACAGAGUGUAACAUUUGUGAGACAUAUAUGAUUGAAUUGUUUUGUGUGUGUUUUUGGAAGCAAUGAGCAUUCAAUAAACGUUUUGAUGAGCAUU